AUGCCGCCCCGUCGUCGUUUGGGUCAAACCGGUGUUGAUGAUGCUCCCCUGGAUGAUGCUGCCCUUCGCAGGAUUAACGCUGAUCUUCAGCGACAGGUCGAUUUAUUGACUCAACGGAUGAAUGAAUUGGACCAAACAAACCGCCUAGAUGAUGAUGUUGUUGCCACGGAUGAGAACCCGUUUGGUGCUUUCCGAAAUCGGUCUCCCGAACGUCCCAAUAAUCGUUGGGAGCAGAGUUUCAAAGUAGAGAUUCCGACCUUUGAUGGUAGUCUUAAGCCCGAAGAGUUUGUUGAUUGGCUUUCCCAGGUUGACGAAAUUCUGGAUUUCAAGAAUGUUCCUGAUGAUCGCUGUGUGUCUCUAGUCGCGAUUCGUUUGCGCGGUCGUGCCCAGGCUUGGUGGCAGCAGUUAAAACAAACUCGUACUCGUAGUGGUAAAGCAAAGAUUUCAAAUUGGGAAAAGUUCAAGAAACAUGCUAGAUCUGCGUUCUUACCUUACAAUUUUGAGAGAGAAUUAUACCAGCGCUUUCAGAAUCUUCGUCAAGGCACUCGUACUGUCGAUGAUUAUUCAGCAUCUUUCUAUGAGCUUCUUGCUCGUACUGAUCUCAAUGAAACCCCUGUUCAGUUGGUUUCUCGCUAUAUUGGUGGUCUUCGUCUCCCAUUACAAGAAGUCCUCAACAUGUUUGAUCCACUGACAGUGGCUGAAGCGCAUCAACGUGCUUCCCAGGCAGAAAAACAGUUGAAUAGGCGUGUCCCUGGCGCUUUUCGCCAAACCUCUGAUCUAAUAGGAUCCACAGGCUCCUCUGCACACCCUUCUCGUCCUCCGUCUGACCCACAAACCCCUGCACCUCCUCGUGCUCCUCUAGGACGUACGAGUGGUGGUUUACGUUGUUUUAAUUGUGGUGAAAUUGGUCAUAGACAAUCAGAUUGUCGAAACCCAAAAUCUGCCUCGCGUGGCCUCCUAACGGAACCCACCGAAUCUGAACUUGCACCAACUACAGAAUUACCCCCUGUUUACUGA